AUGGCAGCCAGCACAAGAGCAGCCACGGAGCAUCACCACGGCCUCUUCAAAACUUCGGCCGGUCUCAUAGCCGGCAUCGGCCUCGCCACCGUCCUCGCCCACAAAGUUUGGCCAAAGGGCGUUCUCUACGGCGACACUGAAGAGUGGGAAUCCCGUCCUCACCCGAAACACCGCCACUCGGACCGUCACGAGCACCACCACCGUCAUCGCCGUGCCUCGGAUGCCGAACGUGCCAUCGACCGCGCCAGACGUCACGGCGGCGAUGUCGUCUACUACGAAGAGAUCGGACCCUUUCCCGGCCGGAGACGCUCCGCGGCUCUUCAGAGUUACGAGAGACUAUCCCCCGCUGAAGAAGAGAGGAUACGCCGGAUGUCUCGGGACGAGCACCCCCGUGUGGGACGUCUGCCCUAUCCCGAUGAGCCCUACCCCGGCGAGAGCUUCUACGAACCCGAGCGCAGGAGACAUUCUGUAGCUCAACCAGUUGCUGUUCCCCGCUGA